UCUCUUAAUCUCUCUCUCUCUCUCUCAUUUCGCCGAUUUUCUCUUCGACCCUAAGGAAGGAAGGAAAGGAAGACAAACGAAGAGGCACGUAUUUCUUUUAAUCAUCGGUAUUACCAUUUGAUCACCAAUCCCAGUAAGAAAUCUUUCAUCUUCCUUUCAAACCAUCCAAGGAAAGAAGAAAUCUGAUACGCUCUGUACCCAUGUAUUGACAACUGUUCAUCUAAUCAAAAACCUCAGAAACAGUCCAAUUCCAUGAUGCCUUUAUCGGAAUGUCGUCCUUCUUGUUAGUCUCCACAACUUCACCGCCCGAUUCUCUACAGUAAUCUCUCCUUCUCUCUAUCUUACACGAAAGCACAUAUCAUUUAUUGGGUUUAUUCAUAACAGAGGUUGUUGAAAUGGGUCCUUCUGGAUUUGGGAACUCGAGUGAUCUGGGUUCUGGUUUUGGAUUUUCAACUCGAACAACCGGAUUAAGUUCUGGGUCGAGGUUGCCUAAGCCUCGAUUGGUGAAACAUAGAAAACAAUCGUCUUCUCAACUACCCAGGCCUAAGUUGGGUGAUGUUGAUUUAGGAUUUAAUCCAUUUCAACAAUCUGCGGAGAUUCCUCCACAGUUUUCUGGUUUAGGUAGGUCAAGGUUUGAGGUUAGUGGUAAUGAACCAUUGGUCUUUGGUGCUGGUAGGAGUGAUCCAAGUGCUAAUCUUGGUUCUAAACUUGGGGAAUCUAAUGGCAUUGCUGUGGAUGAACUUCAUGAUGAAUUAAGAAAGAUGAAACUUGGAGAUGAUCGAAAAGGAUUUGGAUAUCAAGGGGAAAAUGCGGGUGGUGUUGAUAAAAACAACCUGACUACACUUGAGGAUGAUUUUCGAAAAAUGAGAUUUCAAACUUCUAAGACUCCUGAUGACCUGAAUGUUAACUCGAAGGAUGAACCGAAAUCGACUUAUAGAAGCAUGGCAUCUGAACUUCCAGACCAAUUGAAGAAACUAAAUGUCAAUGAUGCAAGAACUAUGGAUGGAGCUGAACUUGAUUCUGGUGCAGAUAAUAUGAGGAAAUUUAAUGAAGUGAAAGGUUCUUCAGUUGGAAAUGAAGCAACAAGUGAGAUACAUGAGAAUAAGAAGAAAGUUGAUAUUCUGGACGAGAAAGCAAAAUAUACGGCAACAAAUGAGAGCGAGAAGUCUGGACUAGAAAGAGAAGCCAUUCCUGGUGAGACGACAUAUCAGUUCAAUACUUCUGGUGACAACAAGAAUUAUAGUUCUCAAUUCCAACCUUCAUUCAUGUUUUCAUCUGGUGGUAUCUCUUACGAGUCUCCUAUGGAGAAAUCCCAAACACACAAUGAAUUCGCGUUUACUAGCAGAUGGGAUGGAAAAGAUGCAUCUCAAGUUAAAUUUACAACACCAUAUCAGAAAGGUGGUGUCUUUGCUGCUUCAGAUAAGGUAGAAUUUAAUACCAUGAGAGAUUCGGUUAAAGAUGCCAAAUCAAAGAAAAAGCGAGGAGGAAAGGUUGCAAAACCAUUUCAACCUACAUGGAUUAAAAAUGAUUUUGUAGAGUCUGCUGACUCAUAUUCACCAAUGGAUAUUUCUCCUUAUCCGGAAACAUUGGCUGAAAAUAGGGAUUCAAGAGAAACUUCUGUAACAUCGGAAGAUGCAUACCAGUUUGAAUCACAGGCCACGGUUCCAGAUCAUAUUGUUGAUGAAGAUUUGGUUUUUGCUACACAAAAGCUGGACAUUGGGGAGGGUAAUGUCAAGGACACAGAAACAAAAGGUCAUACAGAAGAAUAUGUUUCAGGGGGUGACUGUGAAAGCUUUAUAACUGCAGCUGAACACUUUGAAUGUAGUGUGGAUACAUUUGCUUCUGCUGCAGAUUUUGAAGAGAUUUCCAGUCGAAGGGUUGAAUCUGAAGUUAGUUCAGGGGAAGGUAUUGAGAGACAACAUAGUGAUGUUGGUACCAUGUUCAAUUCUUCAUCCAUGUCAGAAGAUGUUGAAAGGUCUAAAUUCACCUUUUCUGCUUCUUCGUCUUCUCUAGACCAAUCAUCAGUAGCAGCAACACGACACCUCAAAAAGAAAAACCGCGUGAGAGUUGCUCAGGAUUUGUAUUCUGGUUCAGCUGCUAAUAACAUGCAGUUUUUCCCACUCUCCAGAUCAUCCUCAAUUUUGUCUCCGAGACAGGCACCAGUAGAUACAGGUGUGCAUUUAUCUAGAAUGGAUAGUACUUCUAGUUCUGGAUCAGUUAAGGAAAAAGAUGUUAUGGAAGAAGUUCCAUCUUCAAGUGCUGCUGCUCAAGAAGCUUGCGAGAAAUGGAGAUUAAGGGGAAAUCAAGCUUAUUCAAAUGGAGAUAUGUUAAAUGCCGAAGAGUAUUACUCUCAAGGAUUGGCUUGUAUUUCUGAACGUGAAACUUCUAGAAGCUGUCUUAGGGCUGUGAUGUUAUGCUAUAGCAACCGUGCUGCAUCACGAAUGUCACUUGGGAAAAUGAGGGAAGCAAUAUCAGAUUGCAAGAAGGCUGCUUCUAUAGAUCCAAGUUUCCUUAGAGUGCAUGUUCGUGCUGCAAAUUGUUACCUGGCUCUUGGAGAGGUUGAAGAUGCAUCCUUACACUUUAUGAAGUGCUUGCAACCAGGAACUGAUGCUUGUGUGGACAGAAAACUAGUUUUAGAAGCAUCUGAGGGUCUGGAGAAGGCACAGAAAGUGUUGGAAUACAUUAGGGAAUCUGAAAAUCUAUUGCAAGGGAGAACAUCCACUGAUGCAGAGAACGCUUUGGGAUUGAUAGCCGAGGCAUUAACCAUAAGUGCUUACUCGGAGAAACUUGUUCAAAGGAAAGCAGAUGCUCUUUUUAUGCUGCAGAAGUAUGAAGAUUUGAUUCUGUGGUGCGAGCAGACCCUUGCUUCUGCUGCUAAGAAUUGUCCUUCCAACAAUGGCGGUGUUGUAGCCAAUAUGGAACCUCCUGGAGUCUUGAAGACCUCUUUCAGACUUUGGCGAUGGUAUCUUAUUAUAAAGUCCUACUUCUACCUUGGAAGGCUUGAAGAAGCUCUUGCUUUUAUGAAAAAGGAGGAACCCAACUUUGCUACAGAAAUGAAUGAUAACAAAAGUCAUGAACCAUUGGUUGCCUUGACUGCUACAAUAAGAGAGCUUCUUCGCUUUAAGACAGCUGGAAAUGAAGCCUUUCAAGCAGGAAAGUAUGCAGAAGCUAUUGAACACUACUCUGGUGCUUUAUCGUGUACAGUUGAGUCACGUCCUUUUGCCGCUGUUUGUUUCUGCAAUCGUGCUGCAGCAUACAAGGCAAUGAAUCAAAUCGCAGAUGCUAUAGCAGAAUGUAGCUUGGCUAUCGCACUUGAUGGAAAUUAUGUGAAGGCUAUUUCUAGGCGGGCGACGUUGUUUGAGAUGAUUCGAGAUUAUGAGCAAGCAUCGAUGGACCUUCGGAGGCUGGUAUCUUAUCUCACAGAGAAAGUAGAAAAAUCUAACCAGUCUGUAGCAUCCUACAAAGUGAGCUUGAUGAAUGAGUUAAAACAAGCUCAGCUACGUCUUUCUACAGUGGAAGAAGAAGCAAGAAAUGAGACCUCCUUGAAUAUGUAUCUUAUUUUGGGAGUUGAUCCAUCUGCAACAGAAUCGGAAAUUAAGAAGGCCUAUAGGAAAGCUGCUCUCAGACAUCACCCUGACAAGGCAAGUCAAUUUCUGGCAAAAAGUGAGAGUGGAGAUGAUGGUUUUUGGAAGGAGAUAGCAAAGGAGGUUCAUAAAGAUGCAGAUAGGCUCUUCAAGAUGAUUGGCGAGUCUUACGCCAUUCUUUAUGAUUCAAGCAAGCGCGCUCGGUAUGAUCAAGAAGAAGAAAUGAGAAACAUUUUAAAGAAUGGCAAUGGUGGUGCAGCAGGAAGAAUGAAGACAGAUUUUCAUAGUUAUCAAUCGGAUAGAAGCAAUAGGCGCCAAUGGCAAGAAGUAUGGAGAUCAUCAUAUGGAAGAGGACCAGAAACAACUCGUUCAAACAGAUACCCGUGAGAACUUUCCUCAAAUUAUUUACUCUUCUUUCAAAAGGGUUCUCGAUUGUGUCGACAAAUUUUCCAACCUACAAGAUAUACAUUACACGAGUGUGUUUUUUGCCCGGUUUGUUUCCUCACCUUUUGAGGAAAGUCUGAGAUUGGAGAUUUUGUACAUAUGAUAAGAAAACAAAUAUCAUCAUUUGAAAUACGUACAAAUACAGAUAGAGAGAUCGAUCGAUCAAUCGCAGUCUGCCCGGGUCAGAUUCGAGGAAAGAUGAUUGUGGAAGUUUGCUUGUUCUGAUAGUUUUCAUCUAAUUUGCUGCUUAUUUUCACUGUAAUUUUGGUAGAGUUAAAAUAUAGGUUAUUUUCUGGAGAUUAUUAGUGGCAAGUUUUGCUUAGUGUUUUGUUUUUUUUCUAACAUUUUUCAUUGACAAUUCCAUUUUUAUUUAUUUUUAUUUUUUUUGCAUCUUUUUUAUUAUUUUAAAAGUUUUGUGGCUGUGAUUUGUUUGUUGAUGGAUUUGUAAACUAAGAGAUUGAUAUUAUUGUAUUUUGUUCAAUGAUUAUAUACUUGUUUUAAGUAA